AUUUGUUCUUGCAUGAUUUGUUACGAUGGAUAUCUCCAUCUUUAAGAAUGAUGUUAAAUUUGUUCUUGGAUAAUUUGUUAGCUAACUUAGUGGAUAAGGGAUAAGUUGAUCUUUUGCUAGACUUUGAAUGAUUGCCCAUAUAUUGCACGAGUUUUCUUGUUCUUUUCAAAUAAACAUCUAAUUUUGGCAAAUUUAGAUAGGAUUUUUUAAAGCAUCUGUGCAGGUGUGCAUAUAGUGAGUAUUUAUUGCAUUUCUCAUUUGUAGAAAGAGUAUUUAUCAUCUUCUCUCUUUAGUUUCAUCAAGUAAUAUAAUGUUAUAUAUAUAUUUGUAAAAUUUUACCUUUUCCAUUUAGAUAAUAUUAUUUUAUUUUCUUGUUUACUUGUUUUCUUCUCCCUUCGGUUUUCCCUUCCUUCUCCCUGCCGUUCCCCCUUCCCUCUUUUGGACGGAUUCCGUUGAAUAAACUAAACGCCGUUACGGCCUCUCCCACGUUUACUGCUACCACUUUACGCACCCUUUCGUCUUCCGCAUCCUUCUUUAUAUAGUAAGCUUUCUCUUCCUGCUCCCUCACUCGCUCCUCUCCUCUUCCUCUUCUCUUCCUCGUCGUCGUCGUUCCGAUGGAGCCGCCUCCGCCCAGACGACGACUCUCGGAUGAUCCUCCGCCGCAACGGCAAGCAUUCUCCACGUUUCCGGCCGCAAACACGCCGCCUGCUCCGAUUUCAUCGGACAUGUGUCUCCCUCCGAACCUCUCCCCCUCGAACGGUUCCUUCUACAAGACCCGCCUCUGCCACAAGUUCAUCGCCACGGGGACCUGCCCAUACGGAGAUUCUUGCACCUUCGCGCACGGCUCCAGCGACCUCCGCCAGCCGCCGCCCCACUGGGAGGAUAUCUCGCGGCCACACCGGGGCGGAAGGACCUACCGGGAUUCCUCCUAUGGUGAUGGAGGAAAUGCGAGUGGGUUGCAUCGCUCGAAGGGCGCCGGUGGAUUUGGUCCCUUCGGCAGGAACCAGAGCGUGCCGAGGAGAUCGGAUUCGAGGUCCAGAAGCGAUUGGGAAAUCGCCGGACGCUACUCCAAUAGGCAUGGUUUCGCAGAGUCGAAGUUUGAGGUGGAUAUGAACUCUGGAGGGCUCCCAACAUCUACGAAUGAUGAUCUAGAUCCUGCUCUUGCAGGGACAGAAACAGUUUCUAGUUCACAAAAUUCGAGAAAGUGGUUCCCAAAACUGGAGGGGAUCAAGAAGCUGAAUGGCAUUUAUGCAGAUUGGAUCGACUAGACAAACAAUUUUAGCCUUUUUUUGUUGAGGCAUGUAGUAUAGAAUAAUUGCUGAGACAGUUGAUGAAUCAUAGUUAACUGGUGGGGUUUUUUUUUUCUUUUGCAACUAGUGAUGUGGUGGUGAUACUAUAAACUCAAGGAUGC